UUAAGCAAUCACAGUAAACUAACUACUCACUAGCUUACACUCUUCAAAGAACUGGGUAUAGGAAUACACACAUUUAGAGAAAAUGGGAACUUCAUUUGGGUUGAGGCAUUGGCCUCAACUCAUCUAUGCAAUAGCAUUUUGCAUACUUGCAAGCAGUGUUGCUUCUGAUAAUGAAAAGCCUUAUUAUGCAGGACAACCAAGCAAUUACUACCCACACCCAACACCACCAAGUCAUGGACAACCACCUUAUUAUCACAAACCACCAUAUCAUGGAGCACAACCACCACAUUAUUUCAAACCACCUCCUUAUUAUUACAAGUCCCCACCUCCACCGUCUCCAUCACCGCCACCUCCUUAUGUCCACAAAUCUCCACCAUAUUACUACAAUUCUCCACCUCCACCAUCACCUUCACCCCCACCACCAUAUGUUUACAAAUCUCCUCCUCCACCAUCACCCUCUCCUCCCACACCGUAUGUUUACAACUCACCUCCUCCUCCAUAUGUCUAUAAGUCACCACCACCUCCAUCCCCGUCACCUCCUCCUCCAUAUGUCUACAAGUCACCACCUCCUCCAUCUCCUUCACCUCCCCCGCCAUAUGUCUAUAAGAGUCCACCACCACCCUCUCCAUCACCACCACCACCAUAUGUCUAUAAGUCACCACCACCUCCAUCCCCGUCACCUCCUCCUCCAUAUGUCUACAAGUCACCACCUCCUCCAUCUCCUUCACCUCCCCCGCCAUAUGUCUAUAAGAGUCCACCACCACCCUCUCCAUCACCACCACCACCAUAUGUCUAUAAGUCACCACCACCUCCAUCCCCGUCACCUCCUCCUCCAUAUGUCUACAAGUCACCACCUCCUCCAUCUCCAUCACCUCCCCCACCAUAUGUCUAUAAGAGUCCACCACCACCCUCUCCAUCACCACCACCUCCAUAUGUCUACAAGUCACCACCUCCACCAUCUCCAUCCCCACCCCCUCCAUAUGUUUAUAAGUCCCCACCCCCACCAUCACCGUCACCUCCACCACCAUAUGUCUACAAGUCUCCUCCUCCACCAUCACCCUCUCCUCCCCCACCAUAUGUUUACAACUCACCUCCACCUCCGUCCCCUUCCCCUCCUCCUCCUUAUGUCUACAAGUCACCACCUCCACCAUCCCCGUCUCCACCACCUCCAUAUGUUUAUAAGUCCCCACCCCCACCAUCCCCUUCACCCCCUCCACCAUAUGUCUACAAGUCACCACCUCCACCAUCCCCAUCCCCACCACCUCCAUAUGUUUAUAAGUCCCCACCCCCACCAUCACCUUCACCACCACCUCCAUACGUAUAUAAGUCUCCUCCUCCUCCAUCUCCUUCACCACCUCCCCCAUAUAUCUACAAGUCACCACCACCACCAUCCCCUUCACCACCCCCUCCAUAUGUCUACAAGUCCCCACCCCCACCAUCUCCAUCCCCACCACCUCCAUAUGUUUACAAGUCUCCUCCCCCACCAUCCCCUUCUCCUCCUCCACCAUAUUAUUAUAAGUCCCCUCCUCCUCCUUCUCCUUCACCCCCUCCUCCAUAUGUGUACAAAUCCCCACCUCCACCAUCUCCAUCACCUCCUCCACCUUAUGUCUAUAAGUCACCACCACCUCCUUCACCUUCACCUCCUCCUCCAUACUACUACAAAUCUCCACCUCCACCUUCGCCAUCACCUCCUCCACCAUAUAUCUAUAAAUCACCACCACCUCCUUCACCUUCACCGCCACCUCCUUAUAUUUACAACUCUCCACCCCCACCAUCUCCAUCACCUCCUCCAUAUCAUCCCUACCUCUACAACUCACCCCCGCCUCCCGUGUAUUAAGCUUCCGUCUAAAGCUAUUUGAAAUUUUUUCAAUGAAUUAUGUUAAAUAUUGUUGUGGUUAAUUUGUAUUUGAGUUUUUGUUAAUGAAAAAGUAUACAAUCUAUGUUGAAUUAAGAGCCUUAUUUUUUGUUCCAGUGCAAUUUCACAUGUAUGGUGUUAAUUCAUAAGUCUAUAUUUAUCUAUUUUUUAUA